CCAACCACAGUGCCAAGCAGUGCCGCACUCCCUGUGCCCUGCGCUCUGCCUGCGGGGAGUGCACGAGCGGCAGCUCCGAGUGCAUGUGGUGCAGCAACAUGAAGCAGUGCGUGGACUCCAACGCCUACGUGGCCUCCUUCCCCUACGGCCAGUGCAUGGAGUGGUACACCAUGAGCAGCUGCCCCCCUGAGAACUGCUCAGGCUACUGCACGUGUGCUCACUGCCUGGAGCAGCCUGGCUGUGGGUGGUGCACGGAUCCCAGCAACACCGGGAAGGGGAAGUGCAUGGAAGGCUCUUUCCGGGGUCCCGUCAGGAUGCCGAGCCCGUCCCCGACCGGGAAGCAGAGCCUGGAGCCCGUCCUCAAUGUCAGCAUGUGCCCUGUGGAGAACAGCUACAGCUGGUCCUUCAUCCAGUGCCCAGCCUGCCAGUGUAACGGGCACAGCAAGUGUGUCAACGAGAGCAUCUGUGAGAAAUGUGAGAACCUGACGACGGGCAAACACUGUGAAACUUGUAUUUCUGGCUACUACGGGGAUCCCACCAACGGGGGGACGUGUCAGCGUAAGUACCACCCCACAUCUGCCCUGCGCUGAACCCUUGGAUGUUUU